UUUAGAGAAUUAGGUGCGAAAAUUUCAGUUUCUAAUUUUGAUGUUUUACCCACCCACAAACAAAAACCCUAAAACCCACCCACGACUGGAGGAGUGACGACCCACCCCUCGCCGGCAUCUCUCUUUAGUCGCCACCCCUCACUGCUGUUCAUUGAGCGAGCCCUAAAAUCCCUAAAACUCAGUUCAUUGUUCGCCUAUUCGCAUUACUGCAGCUGCCGUGAACCGGUGAACGUGAAAUCGAGGCCACUAGGCCCAUCAACGCCGACGGCCCACCACCAAACCAACCCACCUUCAAUUCAAUUUAGCCUCAACCAAGCAGCCGCCGCCAGCAACGGCCAGCCAAUUUAGCCGAAGUCGCAGUAGCUCUAGCGGCGCCUGAGCCAGCCACGCCCUCCUGAGCAAUUACACGAAGUAUCCAUCCUUCACCAUCAUCUUCUUCUUCCUCCAUAUUAAGGUUUCUCAUUUUUCAAGCCCAACAGGUGUCGCUACCCAAAUCGAAACGUUUAUCUUUCAUUUAAGUCUUCUCAAAAUGAACGACAAAUUCACCACUGCCGGAAAAGAUGUCCUUGUUGAAAUUGUCAAGCUUGCACAAAAGAGGAAAAUGGAGGGUGAAAAAGGAGGAUGGAAGGAAUUUCUAAAAGGGUAUGAUACGCUACUUGGUGCAAGCAUGAGUGAUCCAGCUAGGAGAACCCCUCAAGUGUUACGCGCUUUUUUAGAUACAUUUAAAAAAGGGGAAGACUUAAAAUUUUUCGCUAAAGUCAUGGAAUGUCACUCUAAUCGUGAGCUGGUGAAAGAACAAACAAAUUCAACAGAUGUAGAAUCUCCUCAAGAGAGGUUGGUUCGUUUGACCCUGGAACAUCCACAAUAUCCAAUUGAGUAUUCAUUUCCAUCUUUUAAGGAGGACUGGAUUGUUACGAAACAUAGAAAGAAGUUCAAGGAGACAAGAUCAAGUAAAUUGCUGGCUGUUGAUUGUGAAAUGGUUCUCUGUGACGAUGGAAACGAGGCUUUGGUUAAAGUAUGCAUAGUAGAUGAGAAUUUAGAGGUUAUUCUCCAUGAAUUUGUCAAACCUAAUAGAGUAGUUGUAGACUAUAGGACACAGAUUACUGGUGUUUCUGCGGAAGAUUUGGAUGGUGUUACGUGUUCCCUUGCAGAUAUACAGACUAAGGUAAAGAAGAUAAUUUCCCGCGGGAGUAUUUUGGUUGGCCAUAGUCUGAGUAAUGAUCUGAAAGCACUAAAGAUAGAUCAUGCAAGAGUGAUUGAUACCUCUUAUGUGUUCAAGCUUGGACAUGACUCCACAAAAAGAAAACCUUCCUUGAAUGAUUUGUGCAAGUUUGUUCUGGAUUAUGAACUCCGCAAGAAAGGCGAUCCACAUAAUUGUGUUGAUGAUGCAUGUGCUGCUAUGAAACUAGUUCUUGCUAAGAUAAAACAUGGAUUUGAUAAAAAUAUGCCUGUAGUUCAGGAUGAUGUGCCAGAGAGUGAAAACAGAAAGCUCCUGAUACACAGAAUUCCAGAGGAUCUGCCAAGUGAAGAACUGGGUCAGAUCAUCCCUGGAGACUUUACUAUUGAAAUUAAGGCUAAGAAAGGUCAUGGUGGCAAGUAUUCUGCUGUUGCUACUUUCAAAACUCUACAGGAGGCACUUUCUACGUACGACAAGCUGCAAGGAGUUGAAGAAAAGGAUUCUUCUGGGCGUUCUCAGAAACCUGUCUCCGUCCAGCUUAAAUCUGGCUCAACAGCUAUAAUAUGUGUCCGGAAAAUGACAUUUGAUGAACCUGAUGUCAAAGUUUCUACAAAGCGACCGUAUCCAACAGAAAUUGAUGUCGAUGACUCAAAAAGGUUGAAGACAGAAAAAACACCUGAAGCAGAACAUAUUGUCGAUCACGUGAAGGAGAUUAAAAGACUUAACGAUUUGCUUAGCAAAAGGGAUGAAGAGAUUGCUAGCCUGCACAAGAUUGUAGCUGCUCUAACAAGGAAACAAGGGCUUUGAUCCUGAUCCUGGUGUGGUACAUGUAAUUCUGAUCCAGAGAAGCACCCCAAAAAAUUUUGCUCAGCCAUAUUGCAAUUGAUAUUGCAUUUUAUUUAAGAUUUUAGGUAAUUUAUUCACUUUUUUGGAAUAUGAUUUCAAAUUAUGUAAUUAGUUUGAUUUGUCAUAGUUUUCCCUUUAUUUGAGUAGUUUUUUCUUUGCCAAAUUACUUGAGACUUGCACUUUUUUUAGUCCAAGCAUUGAUUUUAUGGUAGUCAUACCUCUAUUCUUUUUUCUCUUAA